CAGAAAAACAGAGACUUUAAUUACUGAUGAAUUUCUCGUAAAACUUUGAAAUAUGGUUACAGCAUUGCAGACCCGUCAAUUAUAUGCGUUUGUUUUAACGUGGCUAUCAUAUGCAUCAACGUAUUUACUGCGAAAACCGCUUGGUGUUAUCAAACCAGAAUUGGAAAAGACACUUAAUAUAAAGAAGAGUGCUUUGGGCUGGCUGGAUACAGCCCUUCUCUUCCCUUAUGCUGUCAUGCAAAUGUUAUUAGGAGGCCUUGGAGAUAAGAUAGGUGCAAGAAAGGCUUUAACUAUAUGUUUGGUUGGCUCUGCACUUUCAAUGAUGACUUUUGGUUAUUGCAAGCAUUUAUUGAUGUUUUUACUGUUGCUGUUUUUGAAUGGAACAUUCCAAGCAACAGCAUGGCCAAACUGUGUGAAAUGUCUUAGUUCCUGGUAUUCUGAUGAACAUAGAGCUUCAAUAUUUGGCUUAUGGGGAACAUGUACAUUUGGGGGAAUAUUGGGUACUUCAUUGGCUGUGUAUUUACAAUCAUUGUAUUCACCUGACUUGAGAAUGAUUUUCAUAUGGCCAUCUGUUGCAGUACUUUGUAUUGGUAUACUUGUUUUUUACUAUGAAAAGCCAUCCGAGUUAGACAUUGUCAUUCCAGGAAAGGAACUAUUGGUCAGCAACUCUACAUCAACAGAUCAUCAAAAUUUAACUUUUCUUCAAGUGAUAAAAUUGAAACUUGUUCCAGAACUUGUGGUGACAGUCAUUUGUGUUAAACUUGUUCGAUACUGUCUUUAUAUGUGGCUUCCAAUGUAUUUACAUGAAGCCUUAAAUUAUAGCAAAGUGCAAGCUGGGAUGUUAUCAACAUCAUUUGAAAUUGGCGGAGUCUUGGGGUCUGCUUUGAUUGGUGUUUUCAUAAAAAGAGUUCUUUCUGGUCAAGUUCUUCAUGGCUGCUGUCUGUCAUUAUUCCUAAGUGCACUUGCCUUGAUUAUUUUUCAUCUUACAAGUCUGUGGGGACUUUCAUUCAAUAUUUUGUUCAUGCUUAUCGCAGGUAUAUGUAAUUGUGGACCUGACGCACUAUUAACUGGCUCACUCCCUGCGCAAAUUGGAGAAAAAGUGAAUGGACAAGCUGCUGUUUCUGGUGUUGUAAAUGGAUUUGGAGGUCUUGGUGCGAUCCUCGAAGGACCGUUGAUUGGGAUAAUAGUGGAUUAUCAUGGAUGGGCAGGAGCUUUUUAUUUUAUGGUUUUUUUGUCGUUUUUUGCCAGUAUGACUUUGCUCAAAGUGCUACGUGAAGAUUCAAAAUCAUAAAUGACCAUGAUUCUCGUGGAAUGUUUGAAAUAAAGCGAUGAUUUAUUGAGAAGCGAAUUUUCGACCAAAGUAUUAACAUGUGACUCGGUUUGGUUUGGUGUAAGUAAAAUUUAACCAUCAUUACUUUUUUUUCAUCACAAAAAAUGGCGGUAAUUUUUUUAUCUUCCAAAGUUUCAACUUCCUACACAGCUGUGAGUUUGCCAAUAGAAAUUACCGCGCAUUCCAGCCAUAUUUAAUGGAUUACAAUCUUAAACAACCAAUAGAGGUUUAAUAUAUGAUGUGUAAACAGUUGAGGCGAAAAGAUUAACAUUGUCAUCUCAUCAUUCAGCACGAAUGAAACGUCAAAUCAAUUGAUUUAUUGCUUCUCUUCUAUACAGUUAGGAAAUGUUGUAAUGGGCCUGGUAUAGUAAAAGAAAACUUUUCAUAAUUUAUGUAAUAAAUCAUUCCGUUUCCACCGGGUUUUCUCAAUGAGGUUCAUUGACAGUAAAACAAUACCUCUUUAAAAAUUAUUUUAUUGGCUUGUAAUUAUAUCCUUGGUUUGUCCAUCAAGAAAAACACACUAUUUCGCGCCUGUACAUCUUGUCUGAGUAAAAAAAAAUUAAAAAACA